GUCAAAACCAAAUUCGAAGCAAUUAAGUUUUGUUGCCAAACAAGUUGAUAUAGUAUUUGCCAAACUGGCAGAAAACGUUUGCAAUAAAUAAACUUUCCUAAAAUGAAGUUCAAAGAAGUGUAUAAAAUAUGGUUAUUGUAAAAUCAUUAUCAUAGUAUAAAUAUUCUGUUGUCUUUUUUGAGUAAUAUGGAUGAAAAUACUUUAUGCAGAAUAUGUUUAGAAAAUGGGGCUAAUUUGCCCAUAUUCGAAAAGAAUGACGAUGAUUGUAACGACAUACAAUAUAAAUUUACCUUAUGUUUAAAAGAAAAGAUAGAAGAUAUUGAGGGUUAUCCGCGUUAUAUAUGUCAAAAAUGCAAUGAUAUACUAGAUGCAACAUGUAAUUUCAUAAAUAAAUACAAAGAUACGUGUAAAAUAUUAGAAAAUGGACUGGACAAUUUGAAACACGACAGUGAAGACUUUGAUAGUUUUAAUUGUAAUGAGCAAUCGGAAGAAGAAAUUGAAUUAGAUAAUAUUAAAUAUGAAUAUAUACACGAUGAUGAUCCACCAAGCGAUGAAAAUGAGGAUUUGAAACCUAUAAAAUUAAAAUUUAAGAUGAAGAAAGAAAAUGCAUCCAAAAUUCCAAAAAGAACGAGGCAUCAUGCUUUAAAAGUAAAUCGUAAACAGUUCACUAACAAAAUAGCGUCAUCUAUACUAGAAGGUGAAUUUUUAUGGAAUGGGGACUCUUGGUGUUAUAAUUCUGAAAAAACUAUACAAAUAAAAGAAAAAGCAAAUGUGUUGCUGUCACCAAAACCUGAUAAUCGAAAGAGGAUUAAAAUAAAAAUACCCAAAAAGAAGGAACCAAAAUCGAAGGAAAAAAAAUUGUGCGAUCUUUGUGGUGAAGUAUUUAAGACUGCAGAUAGUUUAACCGUUCACAAGAAAAAUACACAUUUCAGAAAAUCUGUCAAAUGUGAACACUGUUCGAGGACAUUUGUAUCUGAUUACUAUUUAAGCAGACACGUGAAAAGAAAACAUAGUGAAGAUAAAAAGUUUAUUUGCCCAAUAUGCGGGCGAGGUUUCGCUUUUAAAGGGGAACUGAGUAGUCACAAUAAGAAAGUACAUGACAAACACUUGAAACCAAAGAAACAGUUUAAAUGUAGUUUUUGUAAUAAAACAUACAUGUGUAAUAAAUCUGUGACAGUACAUGAGAGAUCGGCUCAUACAGGUCUGAGACCUGCAGCAUGUACUCAAUGUGACAGUAGUUUUUAUCAUGAAGAUUAUCUAAAAGAGCACAUGCGACUCCAUACUGGUGAAACACCUUUCAAAUGUCCAAUAUGCAGCCGAGGAUACGCUCAGCGGUGCAAUAUGAAGAGCCACUUAAGGAUACAUAGAAGGUCUGAAAUUGACGCAGCUACUUUAGGAAAAUUAAAACCAAAUUACUUAAGACUUCUUAAACCAUAAAUAUUAAAAAAUGUC